UCCACUAUGCUCAACACGGCAGACCUAGCUAUGUUAAUGACAGGCCAACAGGCAAACACACAAGCGGGCCAUUACCGCGAAAGGCACCUGCAGCGACGUCGGAAGCAGACAAGGCCUAUUAUCAACUACCGGUAUCCUGCCUGCACAUUUCUAAGCAUUGACGAAGAAGGCCACGGCAAGGUCGUAUCUUCGUUUCUGGAUUUUUUCAGAGGUCUCCGAUGCACACUAAGGAUAGUCGCUUGCGAGCUUCCGCGCGUGAAGAUACUGGACGAACAUCCCACAAGCACAAGGUCCCCGCUAGCAACCUCACGUUUAAAUGGCACUGUUUGGCAAACGCCCGAUCGACAAAAUACGGCUAUCGACGUAGUUCUCUCGUAUUUGCUUUAACUUUUGGAAUUUAAGUUUCUGGCGCUACCGUCGUUGCAAAUUUUCGCUAUGGAUUCUUCGAUGUCCCUAUGGAACGAAAAGUUAUUACCAAAAAAGUGCAGCGUUUCCUGAAACCUUCAGCUUUAUAAUCGGUGUUUGAUGACACAAAUAUGCCCG